AUGCCACCUUCCCUACUCACACGACUAGCACUCUCGUCCCAAAAGACGGUUAUGCCCACCCCGAAAGAAGUUGACAAAGAAGGUUUUCAAACGGUUAAAAGAAAAACAAGAGAUUUCCCUCUCCCUAAAAAGAUGAUUCAAGUCGACAAUCGUAAAGAUAAAGGGCCCGCUUUAAAUAUUGCUCAAGUCUACAAGCCAAUCAUUCAUGAUCCGAGCAAGAAAAAUGUGUCGGCCAAUAUGUUUGAUCCUCUUAUGCACCAAAGAGUUGACGACUCCCAAGUAUACUCUUGUAUCCCUAAUGUUAUCCAUUCUAGAGAUGCUCACCCAACAACUAUUGCACAUACGAGCUCCUCUCAUGGUGGUCGUAUCUCCUCUCUAAUUAACUAG